AUGAGCUGCUGCUUCUCGAAAAAGCUAUUCAGUCGGCGUUCGCACCGCGAAGACCGUUAUAAGGUCGAAGAAGCGAACGGUGAACCGAAACCAGCAGAAGGUACUGGUGAGGCUCCAAAGUAUUCGUGGGAACGUCGUGAAAAGGCGAAUCCAGAGGAUUACACUGUGAAGGAUGUGAAGGACAAGACUGUUAGAAAAGUCGGAAAAGAUGGAGGACCUCUGGAAAUUGACAAUUGUCAGUCUUCCGGCCAAGAAGAGAUACUAAAAGUGAACACUGUGAUUUUGAAGCCGUCUCCAGCGGACUUCAUUCCUCGCUUCUCCGAAAUCAAAGACAAUGAUCCAACCUAUGCUUACAUCUGUGGAAAAUCAGAACCAGUUGACGAGUUGGGUGACUCGGCUAUCGAGUUGUUGCACUGUGUCUACAAGGCUAAAAUGGAAGUCAUGUCUUCGUAUGAUGUGGAAGUCAAAACUGUCGAUCCCAAGCUUAUUUCAUUUGCCGGGAACGCAGAGAGAGUCAUCAUCCUCGAACUAUCAGGUGACCUGCUCCAACUCGAGUAUGAUCUGGAUAUGGGAGUUAUCCAGCAGGACGAGAUGGAGCAAUUCCAAAAGCUUCUCAUUCACUUGAACUCGAAGAAAAGUGGCUGA